GUGUUCUCAUCUCAGAGGAGAAUUUUAGCAAAUCAAGCCACUUGCAAUCCAAUUUAACAGCAGAGGACUUCAAGUUUGGAAUAUCAGCCUAUGAGUUUCUGGCCUGGAUUCACUAUUACGCUACUAAAGACGCGAUGAAUCCUUCGUACAACGACCACCGCCCUAAUGUGGACUUCGCACACAAUGGCCCUAGCUUACCAACUUGGCACCGGUAUUUUAUGCUGUUGUUCGAAUCAGAACUUCAACGAGUAUCUGGAAACGACUCAUUUGCGGCUCCCUAUUGGGAUUGGAUGGAUCGGCAGAAUCGUGAUCAUAUCUUCACUCAUCCUGACCUCUUUGACGGCAAUGAAACCUCACUCGUGGGUGUAUUCCGUGAUUUUAGGACCAUCUGUUUCGAAGCGGGUUUUGCGGUUCCACUUUCUGAGCCCAACAUUAUCAGAAGAACACCAAAACGUGGAUCGGGAAGCCUAUGCAAUGCUUCGGAGUUUGAUGUAGGAAUACCACUUGUUCGCAGAGACUAUGGACAUGAGUAUAAAGUUGUCAAGUGGCUGCCAAGUACGCGUGAUGCUUGGGAUUUACUGUUAAAUAUUACCCACUACGAUGUUCCACAUCCCAAGUUAUAUGAAGGGUCUCCUUCCAGCCUUCGCGCUGCGUUGGAAGGAAGUGUUGCUGUUCCUGGAAAACGCUACUGCAGUUUAGCAAACAAGAGCCUCGCCAUAGAGAUGCAUAACGCCGUUCAUAUGCAUUCAGGAGGUGUGUUUUCAAGCGGAGCCAUGUCACCUAAUGAUCCCGUGUUCUACCUCCAUCACUCCAUGGUGGAUCGUAUGUUUGACCGCUACGUGAUCAAGCUGCAGGAACUCGGCACGCUACAUUAUAUCCCGGAGUCGGGCGCAGACCCAGGACACAAUGCGAACGAUUGCAUUGUUCCCUCAUUCCCUGUCUAUCGGAACAAGGAGUUUCUGAAGCGGAGUACUGACUUAGGCUACGUAUACGACACACUACCAUUGCUGGACACUGCGCCUGAGCGACCCGCCGAGGAGUACAAUCAAUGCAAUAACCCAAAUGCAUCAACAAUAAUGCCAAGACCACCUCUUUCAUCAUCCGAAUCUCUGCCUACUUCUGUUGGAAAAUCAGCAUAUGGACGUCUGCUUGGCAUGGUUUCAGCGUUAGUGUCGCAACUUUACGAAUUGCUCUAGAUCUCGUUUUUAAAAUUGUCUCGUGGUCCGAUGUAUUGGGCUACAGUUUUGAAAUUCAAUUCAUCGCAAAUAUGGCUGAUGCUUUCAUGCCGGGCUAGCGGCUACAACUCAAAAUACGCUGCUAUCUACUAUUCAUUCUCUUCUAGUCUAAACUGUAGACAUGUUGAA